ACUCUGCUGAGUAAACAGAAGCAGACUGAGCUGCAGACUGUUGUUCUCCGAGAGGUCGGCCUCUCUCACGUUAGCAAAUCUAUUUGGCUCCUUGGAGGCUUGAACAAACAGUAGCACCUUCACCACAGCACCCACUUUACACUUUCCAUGGUAUACAGUGGGGGUGGGCUGCCCCACCGCCUUUUUUUAAAGAGAGGACUGGUUAGUUGAGGUGUGUCUUGGCUUAACCAUUAACCUCAGGGCUUAUCCAAUGACGUUCCUCUGCUGACCUCCUCAAAUCACUAAUGUAUGGGAGUUUCCAUCAAGCCUUUUGCACCAUUUGAUUAUUUUGCUUCUUGUUCUCUGGGGAAAUGUUGGAAAAGAUCUUUGUCCUGCUUUGUUUGCCAUCUGCUUUGGCACAUCAGCUCUGUACACCAGGUGCUUCCGAUGGCUACAAAGUCCGACUCAGCAUCAAAACCGCUCUGGGAGAUCAAGCUUAUGUUUGGAAUGAGAACGAAAUGUUCCUGUUCCGAGCAACUCUGGCUUUUGCCAUGAGGACUCACUUCAACGGCCAGACAUAUAAUGUGUCAAACAUCGUUGUGUGUGAUGAGACGCCCAGAGUGUCCUUCUGGUUCGUGGUGACGUCACCGCUGGACACUUCACAGCUCGUUAGCAGAGAAGAUGUGGAGGAGGCUGUCAGAAAGUCCAGGAACCGCAUCAACAGUGCCUUUCUGCUAACUGAUAAAACUCUGGAGUUCAUCGGCAUCGCUCCCACCCUGGCAGCACCAGUCUACCCUGACCCCCCUCCAUGGCUCAUUGUGUUUGGGGUGAUCAUGGGUGCUGUGGGUGCUGGCAUCAUCAUUCUGCUUGUGACCUCUGUGCUCCAAAAGAAACGCAAAAAGAACGAGAAAAGUGAAGAUGAGGAAGAUGAAGAAGAUACACGGGUGAAAACGGUGGAAAAUGGCACUGCGAGUGACGGUGUUUACAACAUGUCAUUCUCAGACGAGCGGUUCACAAAGAUGUAAAACUAACGAAACACUUCCAUGUAAGCAAAAAAUGACUAUUGAUAUUCAAUGAGCAAAAUCAUUUUAAAGUUGUAAUUUCUUAAACAUAUGUCAUUUAACCCUCCUGUUGCCCCGUUUUCAAAAGGUUUCUAUGUCAGAAAUAUGGGUUUCUUUUUAACCAAAUUGCAAAUAACGUGGAUGUUCCAUACAACCCUCUUCACGAGUAAAAUAAAUGAUCAGGUCACUUCUUUCAUUGAAUUUGUUUGUUAUGAUAGAAUUUGAAGAGAAAUUGAUAAAAGAACGUUGAAAAACUCAAAAAAAAAACGCGAAAAAAAUGGACAAAAACGUCAGGAAAUGUUGAAAUUCUGACCCAGAAAAAUGAAAAGUUGCAUAGUCGACGGGAAGACAACACAAGGGUUAAAUCAUUUAAUAUUUUUAUUUUCUUUCUUUAAGUGAGGAAAUUUGCUAGACAUUUCAUUAACUGCUGCCUUAAAAAGAAACAAGCACUUGUAAUUUUUAAUGCUUUUGAUUUUCCAAAUAAAUGUGUACCUGUUCUGCCUGGGGGAUGAUCAAUUGAAGAUCUGUGUGAGAGGGUGUGUGUGUGUGUGUGUGUGUGUGUGUGUGUGUGCGGGGAUGUUUUGCAAAAGCCUACGUCUGUGAUCUGCUCUUUGGAAUUAAAUCUGGUGACUGUACUAAUUUACCCAAAUGUAUAUUCAAACAAAUGUUGUUUUUUUUUAUUUAUUUAGGGAACAGAAUGGGAUGUAAACCAGCAAGAAACUGGUAUGUAGACAAGGGCACAUUUCCAUUUUUUGAUAAAAAAAAAAGAUAUUUGUAACCCUUUUCAUGAUAUAGAAUAAGAAAUCUAGAUGUAUAUUUUUUUUUUUAACAAUUGCUGGGCAGACUGGUUCUGUACUAUAUUUUCCAAAAUUUGAUUGAUUCUGGUGCCCAGCUGUGAUUUCUGCAGCUACAUGCCUACUAUUAUUUUGUUUGCUGCCAUCGUCUUUCUUCUCCCAGACUACAGAGUGACAGUGGGAAACCCCCCCGCAGUCAGCAGCGUUGUAGCGUAUUGUAGCAGCGUCCCUACAUUAAAUGCUAUGUUGCAAUAAUGCAAAUAUUGUUUAAAUGAACAGUGGUCAAAUAAAGCAAAGUUUAGAGGAAAGUCUGACAAAUAAACAUAGUUUUGUGUA